GACGCGAGUACGACGGUUCGCGAUACCGGUUUCUUGAACAUCGUCUCAAGCGUAUUUCUUCCUACGAAAGUAUCGCGAUUAUCGGGAGUGAAAGAAAAAAUCGUGUCCGUGAAUAAAAAACUCUCGGGUGUACACGAGAUGAACCGUGAUUCGCGAAUCAUUGAUCGGUCGACGCUUCAUUUGCCUGUUACGGAAUCGGUUCGAUGGAGAGAUUUUUCUUCCGGAGACAAUUAUAUGGUUUCCCCGAUGCCAAUGCAUCCAUUGAGCGGUCCGGACCUGUAAUUGUGAAUGGGUGGACAUUCAUUCGUCCGUGGAUGUACUGCGACGGGGUGAAUUGGAUCGCCAGCUCAUUGCUACUGCUGGUCCCGAUUGAGUCACAAUCCUGGAGCAGCCGAACCAAUCAUUCUGAUUGUUAUUGUUCGUAUCUCCUCCAAUUGAUUAACGGUAUUUCCGUUGGGAUACCCUCGAGUUCCUUCGAUAGACCUGAGCAGAAAGAUGCUGUUAAUAUUCUCAGGUCAUCCUUGGAAACUCGAGCAGAAAAUCUUUAUUUUAUCUGUACUUUACGGUAGUACUCUGAAGCACCGAAUAAAUUACGAUUUUGGGGUUUGGUAUAAGGGUUGUCUAGGAAGA